CUCGGCGUCACUUCCUGUCUGCAGGUCGGAAGUGACGGAGAGCGCGGCGAUCGCGCUGGAGCUGCAGCACCGGGACCCUCAGACCGGAAGGGGUGGAGUUACCGGGACACCGAGUGCGUGACGUCAUUGUUUGGUUUUUUUUUUAAUUUUCUUGUUGCUGAGGGGGAGAGAGGGUAACGUGGUGUGUGAUUGGCAGUUAUCAGGAAGGAUAAUAUACCCUUAUAGCCAGUGACCCCCUCUGUGUGUGCACACGGUGCGGGCUGGGGACUUCCUCAGGGAGGGGAACCUCUCCCCAGUCCCACCGCGUGAGAACACGGUGCCCAUGGGGGAGCUGCCAUUAUAGCCCCUGGCAGAGUGCAGGCUGUGGGUUCAAACAUGUUAUCCUGCAUAGUGUUCAUCCACAGUGAUGGGCAGGGCAUGAAAAGUGCUCCCCACUGCAAUAUGUAUAAUAGCCAUCACCGGGGCAGGGCAUGAAAAGUGCUACCCACUGCAAUAUGUAUGAUUACAGCCAUCACUGGGGCAGGGCAUGAAAAGUGCUACCCACUGCAAUAUGUAUGAUUACAGCCAUCACUGGGGCAGGGCAUGAAAAGUGCUACCCACUGCAAUAUGUAUGAUUACAGCCAUCACUGGGGCAGGGCAUGAAAAGUGCUACCCACUGCAAUAUGUAUGAUUACAGCCAUCACUGGGGCAGGGCAUGAAAAGUGCUUCCCACUGCAAUAUGUAUAAUUACAGCCAUCACUGGGGCAGGGCAGGAAAAGUGCUACUCACAGCAAUAUGUAUAAUUACAGCCAUCACCGGGGCAGGGCAUGAAAAGUGCUACCCACUGCAAUAUGUAUGAUUACAGCCAUCACUGGGGCAGGGCAUGAAAAGUGCUUCCCACUGCAAUAUGUAUAAUUACAGCCAUCACUGGGGCAGGGCAGGAAAAGUGCCACUCACAGCAAUAUGUAUAAUUACAGCCAUCACUGGGGCAGGGCAUGAAAAGUGCUACCCACAGCAAUAUGUAUCAUUACAGCCAUCACUGGGGCAGGGCAUGAAAAGUGCUACCCACAGCAAUAUGUAUCAUUACAGCCAUCACUGGGGCAGGGCAGGAAAAGUGCUACUCACAGCAAUAUGUAUCAUUACAGCCAUCACCGGGGCAGGGCAUAAAAAGUGCUACCCACUGCAAUAUGUAUAAUUACAGCCAUCACCGGGGCAGGGCAAGAAAAGUGCUACCCACUGCAAUAUGUAUCAUUACAGCCAUCACCGGGGCAGGGCAUAAAAAGUGCUACCCACUGCAAUAUGUAUAAUUACAGCCAUCACCGGGGCAGGGCAGGAAAAGUGCUACCCACUGCAAUAUGUAUCAUUACAGCCAUCACCGGGGCAGGGCAUGAAAAGUGCUACCCACUGCAAUAUGUAUAAUUACAGCCAUCACCAGGGCAGGGCAGGAAAAGUGCUACCCACUGCAAUAUGUAUCAUUACAGCCAUCACCGGGGCAGGGCAUGAAAAGUGCUACCCACAGCAAUAUGUAUAAUUACAGCCAUCACUGGGGCAGGGCAUGAAAAGUGCUACCCACUGCAAUAUGUAUAAUUACAGCCAUCACCGGGGCAGGGCAUGAAAAGUGCUACCCACAGCAAUAUGUAUAAUUACAGCUAUCACCGGGGCAGGGCAUGAAAAGUGUUACCCACUGCAAUAUGUAUCAUUACAGCCAUCACCGGGGCAGGGCAUGAAAAGUGCUACCCACUGCAAUAUGUAUGAUUACAGCCAUCACCGGGGCAGGGCAGGAAAAGUGCUACCCACUGCAAUAUGUAUAAUUACAGCCAUCACCAGGGCAGGGCAGGAAAAGUGCUACCCACUGCAAUAUGUAUCAUUACAGCCAUCACUGGGGCAGGACAGGAAAAGUGCUACCCACUGCAAUAUGUAUAAUUACAGCCAUCACUGGGGCAGGGCAUGAAAAGUGCUACCCACUGCAAUAUGUAUAAUUACAGCCAUCAUCGGGGCAGGGCAUGAAAAGUGCUACCCACAGCAAUAUGUAUAAUUACAGCCAUCACCGGGGCAGGGCAUGAAAAGUGUUACCCACUGCAAUAUGUAUCAUUACAGCCAUCACCGGGGCAGGGCAUGAAAAGUGCUGCCCACUGCAAUAUGUAUGAUUACAGCCAUCACCGGGGCAGGGCAUGGAAAGUGCUACCCGCUGCAAUAUGUAUAAUUACUGCCAUCACUGGGGCAGGGCAUGAAAAGUGCUACCCACUGCAAUAUGUAUAAUUACAGCCAUCACCGGGGCAGGGCAUGUUAAAAGUGCUACCCACUGCAAUAUGUAUGAUUACAGCCAUCACCGGGGCAGGGCAUGAAAAGUGCUACCCACUGCAAUAUGUAUAAUUACAGCCAUCACCGGGGCAGGGCAUGAAAAGUGCUACCCACUGCACUAUGUAUAAUUACAGCCAUCACCGGGGCAGGGCAUGAAAAGUGCUACCCACUGCACUAUGUAUAAUUACAGCCAUCACCGGGGCAGGGCAUGAAAAGUGCUACCCACAGCAAUAUGUAUAAUUACAGCCAUCACCGGGGCAGGGCAUGUUAAAAGUGCUACCCACUGCAAUAUGUAUGAUUACAGCCAUCACCGGGGCAGGGCAUGAAAAGUGCUACCCACUGCAAUAUGUAUAAUUACAGCCAUCACCGGGGCAGGGCAUGAAAAGUGCUACCCACUGCACUAUGUAUAAUUACAGCCAUCACCGGGGCAGGGCAUGAAAAGUGCUACCCACUGCACCAUGUAUAAUUACAGCCAUCACCGGGGCAGGGCAUGAAAAGUGCUACCCACAGCAAUAUGUAUAAUUACAGCCAUCACCGGGGCAGGGCAUGAAAAGUGCUUCCCACUGCAAUAUGUAUAAUUACAGCCAUCACCCACUGCAAUAUGUAUGAUUACAGCCAUCACCGGGGUAGUGCAUGAAAAGUGCUACCCACUGCAAUAAGUAUAAUUACAGCCAUCACCGGGGCAGGGCAUGUUAAAAGUGUUACCCACUGCAAUAUGUGUGAUUACAGCCAUCACCGGGGCAGGGCAUGUUAAAAGUGUUACCCACUGCAAUAUGUAUAAUUACCGCCAUCACUGGGGCAGGGCAUGAAAAGUGCUACCCACUGCAAUAUGUAUAAUUACCGCCAUCACUGGGGCAGGGCAUGAAAAGUGCUACCCACUGCAAUAUGUAUAAUUACAGCCAUCACCGGGGCAGUCAUGAAAAGUGCUACCCACUGCAAUAUGUAUAAUUACAGCCAUCACUGCAGGUGGUAGAUCCAGCUAUCAAUCAGGCAGUGCACGAAAAGUGCUACUUUUAGCAAUAUGUACAAUUACAGUGCUGCAGGUUGCUAAUACAGACAUCACUGGGGCAGUGUGUGAAAAGUGCUACUCACAGCAAUAUGUACAAUUACAAUGCUGCAGGUAGCAAAUACAACCAGUAUUUAGGCAGUGUGUGAAAAUUGCUACUCACAGCAAUAUUUACAAUUUCAGUGCUGCGGGUAGUAAAUCUAGCCAUCAACCAGGAAUCCUGCCCAACAUACAUUUUACAUGUUGCAGGGAAGCUCUUUUUAUGUGCUGAGAAUAAGAUGGGGGUUAUAUAUAUAAAAAUGUUGGGGUCAUUAUUUUAUUGGGACUGCAUUGCUUCUGCUCUUCCCUAUUUGCACUCAAUUAUUCCCUUAUAUGCAACAAAAUAUCACUGAGUCUCUUCUAUUGUUUUUAUACUUAUAUAUCAUUUUGGUUCACAUAGUUAUUGCUUCCAAUGUUUAAAAACAAAUAUUGGUGGAAAAGUUUACAAUGUCUUUGUAAAAAAAAUUAAAUAUAUAUAUGUAUAUAUGUUUUUUUUUUUUUUACCACUAUUAAACUGGCAGGUAUUCUGAGAGAGGUAAGCUGCAUUCACAUUAUUCUGUUUAUUGUAUAAACACGUUCUGUUAAAUGUAUAAAAAUAAUCCUUUAAAUAGUGAAUGCUCUCUUCAUUUUUCUGAACAGGUUUACUUAUUGGUUUUAUUUUGCAAAUAGAAUGAAUGCUAAAGUCAAGAGGUAUUAAAGGGACACCAUAGUCACCAAAACAACUUUAGCUUAAUGAAGCAGUUUUGGUGUAUAGAUAUUAAUGCCUCAGAGGUUUCACUGAUCUAUUCACUGCCAUUUAGGAGUUAAAUCACUUUUGUUUCCUUUUAUGCAGCAUUAACCACACCUCCCCUCUCUGUGACUUACACAGCCUGCAUGAAGGCAAAUGGUUUCAUUUUCAAUCAGAUAUAACUUAGUUUAAAAGUGUUUAUCUUUUGCUCUGUAAAUUGAAUGUUAAUUACAUACUGGAGGCUCCUGCAGGGUCUAGGAAGCCAUUACCAGAGCAGGAGAUUAGAAAUUCUAAAUGAGACCUAUUUGAAAUAAAGGAAGUGUAAACAUUAGAUCUCUCUUUAUAGGAAUUGUUUAGGAAGGCUGUGUAAGUCCCAUGUAGGGAGGUGUGCCUAGGGCUACAUAAACAAAGUGAUUUAACUCCUAAAUGGGAGAGACUAUACACCAAAACUGCUUCAUUAAAGGACCACAGCUUAAUGAAGUGGUCUGGGUGCCUGGUCCAGCUAGGGUUAACCCUUUUCUUUUAUAAACAUAGCAGUUUCAGAGAAACUGCUAUGUUUAUUUUAGGGUCAAUCCAGCCUCUAGUGGCUGUCUGUUGACAGCCGAUAGAGGCGUUUGCAUGCCUCUCACUGUGAAAAUCACAGUGAGAAAACGCAAGCGUCCAUAGGAAAGCAUUAUGAAUGCUUUCCUAUGAGACUGUCUGAAUGCGCGCGCAGCUCCUGCCGCGCAUGGGCAUUCAGCCGAAGAGGAGGAGAGGAGGCAAAGAGGAGGAGGAGAGCUCCCCGCCCGGCGCUGGAGAAAGAGGUAAGUUUAACCCCUUCCUCUCCAUCCAGCCCGGCGGGGGUGGGGGCACCCUCAGGGCACUAUAGUGCCAGGAAAACGAGUAUGUUUUCCUGGCACUAUAGUGGUCCUUUAAGCUAAAGUUGUUUGUGAUUAUGGUGUCCCUUUAAAAGAAGCGUAAAAUAUGUACGAAAUAAAAGUAACAUAAAGACAGAUUAUUUUGACGCAGUACAGAACUAGCAGGAAAAAAAGCAUGAAUGAAAGUGUUAGAAACCGUUUUGUACAUAGGAAAAUGUUGCAUGUGCACAAAACUGGAGCAAACGUAAUAGUUAAUGCAACAAUUAUAUAAAUUAGCAUAUUGUGUCUCCCAAGAACAUUGUAACCUUUGUUGUAAUUAUCCACAACAAUAUUUUAUGGUUGGAUGACAAUGACCUUUCACAAAUAUUUUGUUUAUUACUCAAGAGCAUUGUGGGCAUAUUAUUUAUUAUCAUUUUUUAAAUUUGAUUUUAUUAUACGAAGUACAUUCAAAUACAUUUAUGUCUCUAUAUCAGACCAUUAGUUCAUUAACAGUAUGCUCUUUAAAAUAUUUUAUACAAAAUGGUCACAUACCGUAAAGAGUUAGUCAAUCAGGACAAUUACAAAACAUAAUACAAACAGUGAAUCGGUCAGAGCAAGAAAUACUAAUUUUAUACCUUAAAGGACCACUCUAGGCACCCAGACCACUUCAGCUUAAUGAAGUGGUCUGGGUGCCAGGUCCAGCUAGGGUUAACCCAUUUUUUAAUAAACAUAGCAGUUUCAGAGAAACUGCUAUGUUUAUGAAUGGGUUAAGCCUUCCCCUAUUUCCUCUAUUGGCUGUCUCAUUGACAGCCACUAGAGGCGCUUGCGGGCUUCUCACUGUGAUUUUCACAGUGAGAGCACGCCAGCGUCCAUAGGAAAGCAUUAUGAAUGCUUUCCUAUGUGACCGGCUGAAUGCGCGCGCAGCUCUUGCCGCGCGUGCGCAUUCAGCCGACGGGGAGGAGAGAAGGAGGAUUGGAGGAGGAGAGCUCCCCGCCCAGCGCUGGAAAAAGGUAAGUUUUUACCCCUUUCCCCCUUCCAGAGCCGGGCGGGAGGGGGUCCCUGAGGGUGGGGGCACCCUCAGGGCACUAUAGUGCCAGGAAAACAAGUAUGUUUUCCUGGCACUAUAGUGGUCCUUUAAUACAGUUUUGCCGAUUUAAGUUUAAACCAAAUAGUUUUAGGCCUUAAAGUUUGUCUAGCCACAUUUCAUAUGUUAAUCUUUUUCUAAGAACCUUUAUGUGACAAUUUAGGAGGUUUUUUUCCAUACGCAACUGAUGCUUAAUUUGAUUAAUCAAGUGAAUUUUUUGAAACAAUAAAUAAGAUCUCCAAUUCCUAGCAAUUAGGUUCUUAGAAGCUAUAAGACAAUGAAUAGCUAUACAUAUAUCCUUACCCGUUUUUAAAUUUCAUUUCAAAUGAAGGAGAGCGGUUGCAGGACUCCAAUUUAACAUGAUACCCGUUAACUCUUGAAAGAUGUUGACUACCCAAGUCCAUAAUGGUUUGACCAUAGGACAUGCCCACCAUAUAUGGAUAAAGGAUCCCCCAUAAUUUCCGCAUCUCCAACAAUUUGAAUUGUAUUCCCGAUACAUCUUUGAUAUCCUCAGUGGGGCAAGAUACCAUUUAUUCAGAACCUUAAAUUGACAUUCAAUCAAAUUUAAACAGUUAAUAUUCUUAUAGAUUUGUGUUGGGGAUAUACACCAUUCUAUAUCGGAUAUCUCCAAUUCUAAAUCCUUUUCCCAGAAUUUCAUUAUUUUUACUGGAUUAUCAUUUAAAAUAUCUAUGAGUUGAUUAGCUCUAGAGGUUACUUUACCAAUAGACUUAUAGCUAAAAAUCUUUUGUAUAUGUUCAGUAAUUUGUAAGGAGAAUUUAAUAACUUUUGUGUGUACAAAGUUUUUUUAUCCUUAGAUAUGUAAAAAUGUCUCUAUUAGGAACUUGAAACUCUUUAACAAUUGUUUGGAAUGAUACCAAUUUACCAUCUUGCAUAAUUUCUGCUAUACUAGUUACAUUACUAUUUGGCCAGUUUCUUAAUGAAAGAUCCUCCAUAUUAAAUUCUAAUGCACUUAAUCUACUUGUUUUUGGAAUGUAUUGGGUUAUCCCUAGGACUUUUUUUAUUUCUUGCAUUGUGGGCAUGUUAAAGCGUGAAAAAUGGGAGUACCUCAUAAAUUGUAAUGAGACAAAACUUGGUUAACACCCACAUAGUAUCAGAUAACUAGUAAACAUUUAUACUGCUUGAUGGUUGUUCUAAUAGUAUGAUUUAAAGGGACACUAUAGUCACCUGAACAACUUCAGCUUAAUGAGGUUGUUCAGGUGAGAACUAUAGCUCCCUGCAGCCUUUCUCAUGUAAACACUGUAUUUUCUGAGAAAAUACAGUGUUUACAUUGAAAGCUAGGAACACCUCCAGUUGCAAUCACUCAGAGUGAACCAGAGGGACUUCGGAGUUGAUGGAUGCAUAAUAUGUCUCCAUCCACUCAGAUCUGCUGUCAGCAGAGCACAGGGCAGCAAUGUGCACAGCAUCCUGUGAUUCAGUAUCUCCUCCCUCUGCAUGCAGACACUGAACUUUCAUCAUAGAGAUUCAAUUCAUCUCAAUGAGGAGAUGCUGAUUGGCCUGGGCUGUGUUUGAAUCUUGCUGGCUCUGCCCCUGAUCUGCCUCUUUGUCACUCUCAACCAAUCCCGUGGGGAAGCACUGUGAUAGGAUCCGGUUACCACAUGUCAGCAGACUGCUUGUUUUUGAGUCUAACAGCAUGCAGAUUUACAGCUUCAGGCUUGAAUACAGUAAGAUUUUUACUAUAUUCAUGGAGGCAUGAGGGGCCCAGGGGGGCUAGAUGGUAGUGUUAACACUAUAGGGUCAGGAAUACAUGUUUGUGUUCCUGACCCUAUAGUGAUCCUUUUAAUAUAAGAUCAAUGCGACAACAUACUUUUUUUUUCUAGGAUACUGUAUGUACUCUACGCUGUUCUGAUUUUAAAUCCUGUUGUGCCCUGCAAUGUUGCAUCUUUUCUAACAUGUUUAAUUCAAGAGGGCUAUGGCCACAGUACCUAUAAAUAAUGUUGGAUCACCUCGUCCAUAUGCUAAACAAUUUCUGAGAUAGGUCUUGAUCCAUGUUUUGCUAAUUAUUUAUAGUGUUUGAAUGGAGACAAGCAGCUCCCAAUUUUUAUGUGGGGUUUAAAUAGCCCAUUCUGAUUUCUUUUGCAGCCAGAAUAAUAUGCAAUAUAUACAGAUGUAUACAUUGUCUAACACAUGUUGAGUUUGCAAAUUCACUCAAGUCCCUUUAUUGUGCCAUCACAUAAGGCUAUGUUUCAACCCCUGAAAUUGUCUAUUUAUCAGGCUAUUUACAGUAUAUGUGUAUGUGGUAGUUUUUUUUAACCCUGGCUCUGGUUUGGAAUAAUUUCUCAAAUUAAUCACACCCUACAAACCCAUAGGGUUAUUUGCUAAAGUGUGAAUUGUCAAGAGUCCUUUGAAUUUAAAAAUGCUAUUUGCUUUUAGAUUCAAGGCAAUUCACUUUUUAGUGAACAACUCUGUUAAUGUUCAGUUAUUUUACAAAAGGACAUUUUAUUGACCUGGGCAUUUCUAAUUAUCUCCAACUCUGCUAUUUUGACCUAGAAAUUCCCUGGUGAAUUCAAGGGGUUCAGGCAAUUGAAAUUGAAAUUACAAAAUCGAGGCUAAAAUAUCCAAGCUGUAACUGUGGUGGAUUUUAAGAUUUGUUUUUUUUACCAGAUGAGCUUAUCUAGUGCAAGUUUAGCAAUUUUUCUUUAAAGGGAUAUUAUAGUGCCAGGAAUACUAAACUGCAUUCCUGGCACUAUCGCACCCUAUGCCUCCCACGUGCCCCUCCCAGCUGUGGUAAAUAAAGGCUUAAAAACUCUCUACUUACCUGAGCCCAGCGCAGAUUUCCCUACCACUGGGUCGCGUUUUGCAUUUCAGAUAUUCAGAAAGGUGCUAGGCACCUAUUUCUUUCCAUGAAAAUAAAAUAUUACGUGUAUGGCCAUUUUUUUGUGCUCACAUUUAACAACCUAUUUUGCUUUCCCUCCGCAGAGGCACUUUAGCUGCAAAAUGAGUCAUGGGGAUAUAAAUCCAGCUGCUGUGCCUCUUGUUGGCAAUGAUGUACAGGGCGAUGAUCGGUGGAUUUCUCAGGUAAGAGGACUAGAAAAUAUAUAAUUUUUAACUAGAAUCUAAACCAGGAUUUUAAAACUGGAACAGCUGUGGACUGUUCGAAAUAAAAUGCUUCCCAUCAGCCUUAAAAAGUGGAUCUCCAAGGUUCUCCCUAUCUCAGCAUUUUGUUUUAGAAUAAAAUUAAAACGUUUGACAUAUUUCCAUAUUAAAGUUCUUACACAUUAAAGAUGGCUGUUUCUUUAGAAAACUUAGAGUGCAAAUAAAGCUUCUGCUAUUUAAAUUGCCUUGACGCAGAAAUUGGGGGGUUAAAGAGGAACUAUCGUAGUGGCUAUAGUGUCAGCAUGACUGCCACCCUUCCCAGUGCUUUGUAAAAGGGUUUUGACUUGAUAUAUUGCAUUAGCAAUGUUCAUUGUAUCCAAAUUAGAACUAUAUUCUUUGGCUGAGGUAGAAAACAGUUUAAUUUACCACUAGAGCGACUGCAGAGUGUCCCUUUAAAGUGGAACUGUGACUUUGUUGACCGUGAGUUCCUUUUUCUCACAUCACUUAACCCUAUUGGAGUGGUGAAGUGCAGCAGAGGGAAGUUGUGGUGCUGUACCCACAAGUAGCUGGGUUGUCACCGCCAUGGUUGCUCUUUACCUUGUGUUUAUAGCCCCAGCAUGAUUAGGCUCCUUGCCACUGUGUGGGACCGAGAGCACACUAGUCAGAGUUUCACCGGACCACGGCAACUCCGCGAUCUAAUCAGCAGUUCCAGAAGAUUUGUGGGUAGCACCCAGUCAAGUGCACUGUGCCUCAGUGACUCUCUGGCCGGUUUCUGUAUGCUUUUGGGUCAGGUGACGAGAGAGCUGAGCUGGGAGGCACAAGCUGGAGGGGGGGAAAUGGUAGUGUUGUAGUUCUUUUAGGAGAAGGUGGCAGCUGUGAGACAGGUUUGUCUGUCACAGAAGUGUAAGACACACUUAUCUGUGCAGCAGUCUUUCCAUGUUUCCCUUAUGGUACACACAAUGAUUUGCAUUGUAUUCUGAGCUGUGCUGUGACAGCCUUGCAUUUGGUAUCAACUGGAAAAUUAAAAAACGAUUUUAUGACCGGAGAGAUUUUGAGGUGGGGAUGACGAUUUGACGUCACGCAGGGAGGGUAGUGUACACGCCGCCGUACAGAGCUGAGCUGGAGUCCCACACGGGAAAGAUGGAGUCGCCGCCUGCCUGAGUACGCGAGUGUCUGCUCACACGAUUAUGCUGGCCGGACCCACACUGGCAGCUAGGAGAGACAGCUGUCGCUAAGUUUUCUAAGCCCCCUGAGGUGAAGCGUUCUUUGGUACAGCUGUGGGCAGAUUGAAAGCCUAUACCCAGGAAGGAGGUGAGCGCCAGAGCAGCAGUCUGGGAAACUGACAAUACCAAACUAAAUAAGGCAUUUAAAAAGCAUGGUUUAAAGGUGGGAGAAAAAAAAAAAGAAAAACUGUUUAAUAUCCAGUUCUGAAUGAGUUAAAAUUGAAGCAGUUGCAAACAUUAAAGAACAGUCUCAAAAAUAAAAUUGGAAAAAGAAAGAAAAGAAAAGAAAAAAAAGGGGAAAAAAGGAAAAGUUAAAAAAAAAAAAUAAAAUAAAAAAAUCUUUGUUUAACAACCAGCCCUGAAUGUAUUGAAGGGGAGAAGUUGUAAAAAAAAUUAAAGGACAAUCUCUUAAAAAUUUUUAAAAAAAAGGGGGGAUAAGGAAAGAAAAGAAGAGGAAAAACAGAAAUAUAUAUAUAUAUUAAAAGGAAAAAAAUAUAGACAUACACUGCUCAAUAGUCAGCUCUGAAAGUACUGAAGUGGAGAAGCUGUAAGUGGAGAAGCCAAGCGGUGUACAAACAGAACUGAGUAAAGAAAGAGAAAGAAGGAUAGCAAGAAAGGAGGAAAAGAAAUAAGAAGGAAACAGCUAAAGAAUUUAACACCUCCUUAAAAGUGGUAAAAACUUGAAACGUCAGAUAGGGCAUUUCGGCUAAACGUAGCUCCCCAAUAAAAAGAGGGAAAUCAGAUCCGAAAAAUGGCAACAAGGAAAACAGCUGAUCAAAGGCAGGAUUUGAAACCUCCCCCCCAAAAAAAGACCGGGAAAAAAAAAGAUAAACAGGAAAGAGACUUUCACAUUUUUUUUAAUGCCCCAGCAGAUAAAAGCACCUUAGAAAUCUCUCAGAUAUCAACUCCAAAUAAAGCUGCCUUAAGUAAGGAAACUGCAGAUUUCAGCGAUACUAAGGUAAAGGAACGCUCAGAUGAACGACAAAUCAUCACCCCAGUGUACUUAAAAGAAUGUUUAGAGCUACAGUUGGAACAAAUAAAAAUAGAAAUGCAGGGGAGCUUUGCCGCUUUAAAGAAAGAUAUAUUGGAGAUCGGACAAAAAGUCAAAGUCAACAAACAAAAAAUAGAAAGACUAGAAUUUCUUUUACAGAAGCAAAGUGAGAUUAUUGAGAAACAACAAACGAAGAUAAGUGAUCUUGAAGAGAGAACCAUAAAUAUAGACGACAGAGGCAGAAGAAAUAACUUGAGAAUAAAAAACAUCCCUGAAUCCAUCUCACAAGAUAAUUUGGCAACUUACCUUUCUGAGUUUUUUAAAGCUCUUAAAAUAAAUAUUGAGGAUAAAGUGGACUUUCUUGAAAGAACACAUCGACUUUACAAACCAAGAACACUUCCAGCUGACCUCCCAAGAGAUACAAUCAUUGCUUGUCACUGCUAUUCUUUUAGAGAAAAAAUUCUAAAAGCGGCAAGACAAAUGGAAAGAGAUCAAGGCAAAUUUAAUGAUAUAAGGGUCUUCCCGGAUUUGUCUUUCCAGACAAGAAAAGCGAGGAGACAAUUCCUGCCAGCUACUUUGCGCUUAAGGGAAAAUUAUCUAAAAUACAGGUGGGGCUUCCCAACCAAACUUAUAGAAAGAUGGGAUUACGCACACAUUUGAUUCACUCGAAAAGGUCACAAAUUGGUUGGAAAAUAUGGUUUAAUAAUGGAUAGAAUUGGAAAAAGUAAGGUGAUAUCUCCUGUUUUGUAUUCAGAUUGAUUCAUUAUCAUAUUUAAAAUGGAAUAGGUUUAAUAUGUUAACUAUUAAUUCCGGGCUCCUUUGGGAAAAUGCAGAAAUAGCACUUUAAGAGGUCUAAAUUUGAUAUUUAAAGAGAACACAGAGCACACAGGAAGUGUUUUUUUUUUUUUUUUUAGCGUAUAUAAUAUGGCUUGUUUGAACUAAAUGUUGGAUCCUGGCUACUCUUCGUUUAAGGGAAAAUAAUUUGAAAUACCGGUGAUAGAUGGGCUUACGUAUACACUUGUUUCACUUAAGAAGAUCACAAAUUGGUUGGAAAAUAAGGUUUCAUUUUGCAUGUUUUUUUAGCUAUGUAAUUGAGAUUUUUCUGCCUUGUGCGGAGACUGACUCUCUUAUAUAAAUACAAGGAAAUAGGUGGAGGUGUUAACCGAUAACUCCUGGGGUUUUUUUGGGGGUGUGAAAAGAAGAGAAAGUAAAUUAAGGGUUUAGUCUUAAUGUUUAUUGAAUGCACUGAGUACAAAGGGUAUGUUUUUUUCGAAAGUUAUAAAAUAUGGCUUGUUUGAAUAUAAUGAUGGAUUUUGGGGUAAGGUAGUAAGGGGAAUACAUAGGAUGGAGAUAAGGACAAAAAUAGAGUAUAUUUCAUGUUAACACGAUAGGAGAGAGAAUCACGUUAUACAGUAGCAAGUUGGAGACAAAUUUCUGUUGUUAGGUAAAGCACCAAGAGGAAUACAAGGAAAAAUAAUUAAUGGUAGAUGUAUUUAUGUACCAUUGGGUUAAUUUUAAAUUUAUUAGGGUAGUGCACCCUUUUUCAAAAUUGUGUAGCACAAAAAUUAAUGGAAAACUGAUAUAUAUUACACUCGCACAAGUUGAUAAAUUUGAAUCACAUGGGUUAAAAGAAUUAGUAUCAUAUAGAAGUAACCCCAUUAAUAGUUCUAAUGCGAGGUUUGAUGGUAAAGAUGGGAUGGGACUCCAAAUAAUUGUGAGAUUAUAGGGUUUUAUAGGAUUGUUUUACAGUCAGGGAUUUCAAAUUUUGAAGGGUAAAGGUUUUGGUAACUUUGCUUGUAGUGGGGAGGUUUCUGGAUAUUGUUGUAGCAAUUAGAAGGCGAAGGAAUAAUUCAAUAAUAUGGGAUGGUCAUAGCUCAGCUUUUUCUUUUUUCCUUAUCUAGGAGUUAUCCUGAUGAGGACAAGAUCCCAAUUAGGGGUUUCUCCCCUUUGGGAUCUAUACCCAGGGUUUAGGACUCAGGGUUAUUUGUAUGAAUGCCGCUCAUAUAUGAGGAGUAUGAUUUGUGUGGUUAGUGUGUUAGGGGUGGGGGCUCAAAUUCAGACCAGGAAGAAAUUUACAAAACAAGUCCAUCAAGAUUAUGGAUAAUGGAUUCUGGAUUUUGGAGAAUUUUUUAUAUCUAUUGGCACGAGGAUGAAAAAUUGUAAUGCUUCAAAUUAUAUCGUUAAAUUCUCAGGGCCUAAAUUCUCCUUGUAAGAGAGCGAUUUUGUUUGACUAUAUUAAGAGAGAAAAAGCUCAAAUUAUCUUUUUACAAGAGACGCAUUGGAGAAAAGAGGACAGUUUAAGAUUUGUCCCACAAAGGUUUUCAAUAGUAGUAUCCGCCUCAUUAGAGAAGCAGAGGAAGAGGGAUGGCUAUUCUGAUAAAUGACGAUAUAGAUGCUAAAAUCAUUUAUCAAGAAACAGAUGAGGAAGCCAGAGUUAUAAUCAAAAUUCAAACAGAAAUUUAUACUCUAGUAAAUGUUUAUGCACCUAAUAAUCCUUCCAAUAAGUAUUUCUGUGAUCUUUUAGAUAAAGUUGAAAAAAUAAAACAGGGUAAACUACUUCUAACGGGGGAUUUCAACCAAAUUCUGGAUGCUAGUUUAGACAGAAAAACAUUAAAUACUGCUGGGCCAAAUAAAGGUGCAAUUUCACAGGCAGUUCAAUUUCAAAAGACACUCAGGAAAUAUGGAUUAAUGGAUAUAUGGCGUGUGUUUCAUCCAAUGGAGAGGGAUUUUACAUGUUUCUCCAGAACCUAUUUUUCAUAUUCAAAAUUGACUUAUUCUUGGGUAAUGAUGGCUUGGCCAAUUGUACUAAAAAAGUUCUUAUAGUUGGAGUCUCAUGGUCCGACCAUAAUGCUAUAAAUUUGGAGUUGGACAUAGAGAACAAUAGCGCUAGAAGAACAAACUGGAGAUUAAAUGAUAACAUCCUUUCUAGAAAAGAAAAUAGAUAAUAUAUUGAGGAGAUGACAGGUUUUUUCAGGAAAAUGAGGGUGGAGAAGUCUCACUCCCAGUAGUAUGGAACGUAUAUAAAUGUGUUACAAGAGGCUAUCUAAUUAAAUUGGGUACCAUUGAUAAAAAACAAGAAGGGGAAAUCCCUGAUGGAUCUCAAUGUUGAUUAUUAUAAAUUAUCUAAUGAAAAUAAAGCCUCACCAACCCAGGAGAUAAGUACAAAAAUGUUAUUAAUGCAAAAUAGUAUAAAUGAAUUAUUAUUUGAGGAGAAAAAUAGAAAUUUACAAUCCUUAAAGAUAAAUUGGUACUAUAAGAGUAACAGGGCAGAUAGGUUGCUCACAAAUAAAUUGAAAAAUAAAAAAACAACUGAGGAGGAUUCAUAAAAUUGAGCCCAUAGAAAAUUGGGUCAGCCUUUAAUGACUAUUAUAGCCGAUUUAUAUAACUUAGAAUCUGUAGGUCAACAACUUCCCUCAUCAAAAUAUUUUAAAAACAAAAAAAAUGCCAAAAAUAAUUAGAGAACAACUUAUGAAAAUAAAUAAACCGAUAAUUUCUGAUGACAUUAAAGUAGCAAUAAAUAAGUUACAGAUCAACAAAGCCCCUGGCCCUGACGGUUACUCAAAUAAAUUCUAUAAGAUAUUCAGAGAUACUCUUUCAGUGCGUCUUGCCAGGAUAUUUAAUGAGAUAGUGGUAAAUUGUACAUUUCCUAAAGAGAUGCUUCAAGCAAAUAUUGUCCCAAUCUUGAAGCCAGACAAAGAUCCAGCUAAAUUGGCGAAUUACCACCCUAUAUCUCUCCUCAAAGGAGAUGUAAAGAUCUAUGCCUCGAUCAUAGCAGACCUCUUAAAAAUCUGUAUUCCCGCCCUGAUACACCAGGACCAGGCCGGAUUCAUUCCUGCCAGAGCAGCUUCAGGUGGUCUCAGAAGGAUAUUGGAUGUUCAUGAUGCUGCAUCGAGGAAGAAUGUUUCCCUUCUGACCCUGUCAUUGGAUGCUGAGAAAGCUUUUGACAGGGUCAGAUGGGAUUUUCUGGGGAAUGCAUUGAAGUCAUAUGGCAUAGUGGGGGCAGUCUAUGACACCAUUAUGGCGUUAUAUACUAUACCUUCAGCAAGGACGGUAGGUCCAGGAAUAGAUGCAGACUGGUUUAAUAUCACAAAUUGCACUAGGCAGGGCUGCCCCCUGUCCCCUUUGCUUUAUGUUUAAACCAUCGAGUCCCUGGCGGAAGAUAUAAGGCAAAAUGGGAAGAUUAAGGGACUCAGGUUAAAUACAGUAGAACACAAGAUCAAUUUAUAUGCUGUCGACGUCAUGCUUAUGUUGCAGAAUCCUAGAUCCUCGCUGCCGGAAUUGAUAAAGAUACUAGGUCAGUAUAGUGAAUACUCAAAUUAUAAAUUAAAUACUAAUAAGAAUACAAUAAUGACAGCUAAUAUAUCUAGUGAAGAUAUGCAUUUUAUUAAAAUAUCUUAUGAUUUUGUCUGGGCAAAGGACAAUACUAUGUUCCUGGGUAUUAAAAUACCAAGAAAUAUAAAAAAAGUGAUAGAGGUUAAUUUUCUCCCCCUCAUAAAAUAUACAAAUAAGACCUUAAAAGAAUGGGCUAGUAGGGAGAUUUCCUGGAUAGGGCGUAUAAACACUAUUCGCUCAUACAUUCUGCCGACAUGGAAUUAUCUUUUUAGAAUGCUACCAAUACAAGUCCCAAUUCCCUGGUUAAAAAUGAUGCACUCAGCUUUCUCUAAAUUCAUUUGGAAGGGAAAAAAAACACAGAAUAAGUUUACAUUUGUUAUCUAAGAAAAAAAAAAUAUGGGGGCUUGCUGCCCCAAAUAUAAUAGAAUAUCACAAUGCCUGUAUGUUGGCACAUGCUGUUAAUACCUUAAGUACAGAUCAAAAAGAUCAAGCCUGGUAUCAAAUAGAGAAAUCAUUAGUAGAGACAGACAGUCUGUCCGCCCUAUUUUGGGCAACAAGAAAGGAGAAAAAUAAGAGCAAACCAGUAUGUCCAGGAAAUUCGAUUAUUAUUGACAGUAUUUUGAGACACUGGAAUAAAAUUAAGAAAGACUUUAAAAUAGAAUACAGACUGUUUCCAUUCUUACCCAUAGAGGUGAUUAAGGGGAAUAUUGAGGAUAUUAAUAUCAGCGGAUGGUCACGGAAGGGAAUUAAGAAUAUUCAAGAGAUUAUAGAUAGCAAGGAAAUCAAGCCAUUCAAGCAGCUACAAAUAGAGUUCGGGAUUGAUAACAAGGAGAUAUUUACAUAUUUAAGAAUCAAGUUUUAUUUGGCGAAAUUCUUGAAUUUCCGGGUUAAUAAAAACUCAAGUAAUCUUAAAAAGAUUCUGGAAACCCAUAGAAUUAAAGGCCAUGUUACUAGAUGUUACGAGUUCUUAAAGGACUCUCAGAAGUCCUAUGUCUGGAAAUCUAAGAUCAAGUGGGAAAAAGAUCUACGUAUUGAAAUUACUGAGCAAGAUAUGAUAAGUGCGAUAGUUAAGGUAAAUAAAUCGGUACAUUGUCUGAAUAUAGUAGAAAAUUUUUAUAAACUCAUAAACAAAUGGUAUAUGGUCCCAGGAAAAUUAGCUAAAAUUUAUAAAGAUCAGAAUCAUGAAUGUUGGAGAUGUGAUGAUGGGAAAGGAGAUUAUCUCCAUGUAUGGUGGCAAUGUAAAUCUUUAAGCAAUACACAGAAGAAUAUCUAUCAACAGAUUUAUAAUACCUGCCAGAUAUAUACCUUUCACACCACAGAGCUUUUUGUUACAUCAGGGAUGACCCUCAAUGCCUAUUGAUAAUAAUACACAUUUUAAUGGCAGCUAAGAUAGUUCUAGCUAGGCAUUGGAAAAGCAAUAAAGUGUUAGAGUGGGCUGAAAUUAAAAAACAAGUAACAUACCAAUGUAAAAUGGAAAUUGGAAUAAUUCAAGGAAACUCUGUUGGUUUCAGGAAAAUUCGUAGGUGGAAAAAUAUAGUUGACAAGUUUAUGGCUAGUAAUGAAGGUUUAUAAUAUAGAAGGUUUGUGAUGCCCCAUGUCCAUGUACAGCACUGCCGUGGGCCGCUGGUAGCCGAUCCUUCAGGAGAUGAAAAGAACCAACAGGAAUAUCAUGGUGGCUUUGGCCAUGAAAGACAGGUUCAGAUAAAUAUAACUCACCUUUCCCUGCAUCCUGUAGUUACCGGACACCCAGAGGGACAGUCACCGCUGGGAGACGGUGCAAAUUAAUACUUUAGUUUUAUUUCCUUAACUUAGUGCUUAAUUGAUUCCAGAUUCCUAAUUUAUUGAAGUAAUUUGAAUCAAUAUAAUUAAAUCUGUGAUUAACACCUAUUUUUGUCAUCCAAACCAUGGCAAGGGUUAUAAGAAUGAAGAAUUUAUAAAUUAGUAUAAAUAGAGCCAUUUGCACCAUGUCAAGGCAGACCUUUUCCUGUCCUUCACAGCAGUUAGGAAUGAGCCAUGGUUUUAUUUUUUGCUCAUUAGGCCAAACCAAAAGUUUUUGCUCACCAACCAGAGUUUAGCCUCUUUUUCCCCCUGAAGACUCAGGAAACCGCACAUACAAGAGCUCCCUGUUGCUUCCCCUCCCGAGCAGAUGAGUUUAUCUGUGCAUAAUGACCUCUUUCCUUUCUACAGCACUACAGGUUUCUCCUGGACUGCAAAGAUAAAGAACCAGAUGUACUUUUUGUAGGCGAUUCAAUGGUGCAACUCCUCCAACAAUAUGAGGUAAGUGAGUCAGGAAAAACACACUGCCUGGUCUGGAGUCUUUCCCAUUACACAGGGAGUAGGUUAAAGCUGAUCUGUCAUAUUUUUUUAGUAUUUUAGAAAGAUAUAAUCUUUAUGGAAUACUGAUUUAAGACUGCUUUGGAAAUUCACUGAAAUUCCAACUGAAUCCAAAGAUAUCAUAAAACAAAGUAGAGACUACAUUGCAUUAUAGUAAAUUGGCAGAUAUCCUUUAACUGAAAUAGGUAUUUUGAACAAGGAGCAGGGUAAACACUGCUGUUCGGGCACUAAAAAAAAAAAAGUACCAUAUUUUUCCAUGUAUAAAACUACCCCUAUUUUUUCAGCCCAAAGUUAAGAAAUCAACAUUUUUAAAAACCAUUUUAAAUUCUUUAUUUUUCUCAUACUCACUGAUGCGAGGAAACAACAUUUUGCAGAUGCUGUCAAUGUAUAAAACAUAAAAGAAAAUAUAGACACAGUUCUCAGCAACAAUGGUGCCAGUGAGCUGAGGGUUUUAUGGGUGUAAAGGCGGUAAAGUAUUUGCCUUUUUAAAUUGACCAACUAGUGAGGCAUGAUGGUAUGUGUAGCCAAGCUUACAGUGUGCGUUGAACUCGGGGCUUGUGAGUAUGGUCAUGCUCCUCGCUGUAUCGUGGCGUGGCCAGCUAGCCGGCGAUGUAUACAUUGUUUGGUGGGGGUGAUUUUAGGCGAGUGAGUUCUUGAGUGGUGUCCAAUGUCCCUUGUGUGACAGGUAUGGCCUCUUUUAGACAUUAGGCGCUAAAUAUUUGGGACUGCCAUCUCUAAGGUUUUACUCCUCUUUGCCUCCGGGGAAUGUUGUGUCUACGGUGAGUAGCUAUGUGAGGUGGUUAGAGGCGGGGGGAGAGAUGUUGGCUACUAAGCCAACCCAACUGAGUUCAAAAAUGCAUUAAAGUGAGAUAAACAUAAUAUGCAUGAUAAAGGAACAGGUAUAACAACCAAUAAACAAACUUUUUACGGUGGGUUAUCUAUAGUCCUGCAUUGUGAGGUUGGCAGGGUGAGACAGUCUGUGGUAAGCCUCAGGUAGAAGCUGCAGUGUAGGCAGUUGAUUUCGCCCUCUGGGGAACAAAUGGAGUGAUCUUGGUGGGGUCCCAUCUGUGGGUCCGCUUGGUCCUUCCCCUGUCCGGGGGGGUGCAGAGAGUCUCAUGUGAGGCUGAGGGUCUCCAGGAGAGCAGUUGCAUCAGACAUCUCUCUAAUUGGGUAGGUGGAUUCUCCAUGAGUGACCAGGAGAGUGCAGGGUGACCGCCAGGUAUACCUGAUGUUGCGUUCUCAGAGAAGGGAGGUGAGUGGUUGAAACGAUCUUCUCCAUAGCAUUUUGCUCCCUGAGACAUCCGCAUGAAAUGAGAGUCCCAUGUUUUCGAAUGUAUAUAGGAAAGUCUCCUUUCAGGGCAGCUAUUACCGCCAACAUAUCUUUGAUGCUUUGAAAGCGUAUCACCAAGUCUCUUGGGGCCGCCGCAGGAGCCUUUCUCUGUUUAGGGGUGCAGAAUACGCCAUCCAGGGUAACAUUCUUGGCUUGUUUGUGUCAGGACCUCAGCGGGCUGCUCGCCCACGGCGUCGCAGGUGGUGGCUUCUGCUAGCCGCGCACCGCCCGCAGUGUUUUCACCAGUCUCCUUUCUGCGAGCGGCGGCUUCGAGUGACCUCGCAGCAACUUCUCUUUGCUGCCCACCGCCAGUGGCGGUAUCUGACAUCUGUCCCCCACCCGUGGCCAUUUUCUUACGCUGCAGGCAGGGUGUCUGACGCUGCAUGCUUGCAUGCAGCAUAUUUAAAUGGCCGCCUGAGUCAGUCACCUGUCUUGGCGCACAUUAGUGAGGUCACAGUUCUUAAUGAAAGAACUAAGUACCCCCCAUUUGUCAUAAUUAACUCUGAUUGGAAGUUAGCCAUUCAGAGUUGCACUAAGCAUAUAUAAACUUACCUUUCCCAUGUCUCCUUGCCCUGUUGUGGUAUUCUGAUAGCCCAAUAGUGUGUAUACUCUGUCCAUUUGUCUGAUUAUCUGGUUACCGAAUUUUGGCUUGCCUUACCGUUUAUCCUGCUUUCUCUGACCCUUGACCUCGGCUUGUAUUAUCGAUUAUUCUGUUUCUCUGGUUCCCUCUGACUUUGGCUUGUAUUCUGACUUCUCUCUGUGUGUAUAGCCCGGCCACUGUAAGGACCGGUAUUGCUAUUCUUGUGUCUGUGUUCUGUCAGUGUUUCUGGUUCUGGAGUGCGUGACAGUUUGGGUGUUAGCAGUGCCACCAGCAGGCGCCUCACCAGAUGUGGGAGUUUUGCUGCUGGUAUUUCUUCAGGGGAUGCCCCUUAUCUUGAAGUUCUUGAGCCACCUCUGAUCUUCCAAAGUGGCAAACCUCUGCUCGGUCAGCACUUGCUGCCGCUGUAGGCUUUUUACUAAGUACUCCAGUGCGGCUAUUCUCCGCGUCUGACCAUCUGAAGAGUGCUCAGCCUGCCCACUAGGCCCGUAAUGUCUGCACGGAGAGAGGCCACAUCAGCUUGGAUGGUCUUUUGGAGGCUUGUGAGUAGGUCCUUCAGUGCUACCAUUGUGACCGCCUGGGAGUCUGGACUCCGUCGAUUCCGAGGUGUUGGUGUCUGCGCCGGUAAGUCAGCAGUCUCCUCAUAAAGCGGGUCUUCGUCCGAGGAUUCUGAACAUUCCUCAAGGUAGUCGGCCAUCUUAGACCUAGAUGCUUCGUGGACCUGUUGGAGCAUAUCUUCGAUCUGAGGCUUGUCGGAUUUUUGUUUUUUAGUUUUCCUGCCCAUGUUUGCCAGGUCUGCAAUACUGUCUGGUUCAGGGCAGUAGAUUUGUUUAUUAUCGAUUUUUAUCGGUAGUUAAUGCCGGAGCUCAUGUAGUGUGCCACCGUCCGCUGCUGACGCUAGGCUCAAGAAAUCAAUAUUUUAAACAUCAAAUAGAUCAACUUUGAUCUUUUAGAAAUGACUUCUGAGGAGAACAACACACUUCUGAUUCUCAUGCCUCCCCUGUGCUAAGGUGCUCUGUGAAGUUUUUUGUAAAUCUGGUUUUAGUGAAACAUUUAUUCAGUAUAACAUGACACGGAGAGUAUGCAUAUACUUCAAGAAAACACAUAUGCGGAUUAUAACGAUCUGUGUUGCGGUAUAAGGCCUCCCUAGUUUUUUAGGCAAGGAUAAGGAGCGUAUGGUAUCUCGAGAGUAGCUAGCUAAAUUAAAGCACUACCGGAGUGAUUGAGGUUUAGAUGAGAGAAGUUUGUGUUUUUUAUCAGGUAGGUUGGAAGAAAAGAAGAGGGAGAGAUAAGAUAGAAGGAUAGCAAAGGAAAGUAGUUACACGUAAAGAACGUUGAGAAGUGAGUAGAAAGAAUUAAAUUAUGGUAGACCCGGGGGUUGGAGGUGCAUUGGUAUGUCGUAAUUUAUUCGCCUGCAGGUUCCGCUCCUGGCCCCCCUUCCCCGCUCCGCUGUUCAGUGGCACCGCCGACUCCCCCCUUCGUAUCCUGCCUGCUAUAUAUGUGAACCAUGGCUGCCAGCAUUCUGCAUGUUUAUCUCCUGAACCUCACAGUGCUGCCUGAGUUGCUUCCCUGGUGGGAGCAGUCGUUUGUUUCCAAGGGGUGGGAAUCAGGGCUUUAGCUGCGUUGAGAAGAUGUCUUGUUAUAUAUUUUUUUUAUAGGUUGAGAUUGGUGCAUAUGUGAUCUGUAGCAGUGCCAGAUCCGCGGUUAGGUGUUGUGGUUCACCAAAGAUGUUGGACAUGGUUUCUCGCACCAUGUCCCAGAAAGGAACAAUUUGGGGGCAGCUCCACCAGAUAUGUGUCAUCAUCCCCUCAUUCUGUCAGCACCACCAGCAAAGAGGUGACGUUGCAGGGAAAAUUCUGUGUAAGAGACUCGGUGUGCGGUACCAGUUGGACAAUAGCUUGUAGUUUGUUUCUUGGUAUUUGGAAUUGAUCGAGCUCUUGUGAUGCAGAAUGAGAACUUUUUUUCACUGUGCUUCCUUAACCCCUUAAGGACCAAACUUCUGGAAUAAAAGGGAAUCAUGACAUGUCACACAUGUCAUGUGCCUUAAGGGGUUAAACUGUGUGACCAGUAAACCUUCGCAUCGCCUCUUAAAUGUUGUCAUCAUGGGUUUAUCUUCUGUCAAGUGUAGUUGGUAUAGUACGGAAAUGGCUUUGUUCGCAGGUGCUUUCAUACCACGUUGGGGCUUGGUGGAGUGUGAGCCUGUUGGGUAUGUUUUUGUAAUAGUGUUGUAGUUGGGCAUGGCAAAAUUUAAUUAGGGGGGUCUGGUUCUCCUCCCCCAUAAUUUCUCCUAGUUUCUUCACAUCUCGGUGGUAGGACUCCUCCCAAGUGUUUAUUGUGCUGAAUAGGUAUCAUUGGCCUCAGUGAGGGGGAAAUAUGUUCUGUCUCACGUAGUUCUCUCCAUGUCCUGAGGGUGUGGGUGACUAGGGAUUCAGCUGCUGUCCUUUCCGUAGCCUCAGAUUUCCCUGACCGGACUGCUGAAUGUAAGGAUUCUUUCACUCGCCCUCACCCCCCAAUCUAGGGUAGGCCACUGCUGGUGAGGGCGAGCUGCAUGCCAGUCCAAUAUCCUUUGCAGGGUUGCUGCCUGGUGGUAUUUUUUAAAGUCUGGGACCGCCACGCCCCCACAUUGCCGUGGUAGGCAUAGUAUUUUGUGACAGAGGCGUGACCUCUCGCCUCGCCAUACAUAGCGGAUCACCGCUGUUUUUAAAGAGGAGAAGAAUGAUUUGGGUGGCGAGAUAGACACAGUCUGAAAGAGGUAGAGAAGUCGGGGCAGUAUGUUUAUUUUGAGGACUGCUAUGCGCCCUAGCCAUAAAAUCUGUUGGUAUGUCCAACGCUUCAGAUCAUCUAACAUCUGAUGUAGUAAGGGCUCAUAAUUAGAGUUAUAUAGACCGGUCUGUUUUUUUGUCGCUCAUGUGCCUAGGUAUCUCAUUUUCUGCGUGCACCAACGGAAUAAGAAGUGUGGUCGGAGGUUUGCGAGUUCCGAUUCCGGGAUGGAUAUAUUCAAUACCUUGCAUUUCGUGAGAUUGAGUUUGAUGCCCGCUAUGUCGCUAUAUUCGUCGAAUUCCCUUAUCAGGCAUGGUAGGGUGAUCCUUGGAUUGUUGAUGAAAAAGAGGAGGUCGUCUACAUAGGCUGCUACCUUAUGCUCUGUGGCCUUCCAUUGUAAGCCAGAAAUGUCACAUUUUUUUCCUAUCGUCAUAAGGAAUGGUUCAAGGGAGAUAGCGAAUAACAGGGGCGAUAGCAGACACCCCUGUCUUGUGCCAUUAAAGGGACACUAUAGUCACCAAAACAACUUUAGCUUAAUGAAGCAGUAUUGGUGUAUAUAACAUGCCCCUGCAGCCUCAAUGCUCAAUUCUCUGCCGUUUACGAGUUAAAUCACUUUGUUUAUAAACCCUAGUCACACCUCCCUGCAUGUGACUUGCACAGCCUUCCUAAACACUUCUUGUAAAGAGUCAUUAAAGUUUAUCCUUUCUUUAUUGCAAGUUCUGUUUAAUUUAGAUGUUCUUAACCCCUGCUAUGUUAGUAGCUUGCUAGUCCCUUCAAAAGUCUCCUGUAUGUGAUUGAAGUUCAAUUUACAGAGCAGGAGAUAAGAUUAUUUAAGGUAAAUUACAUCUUAUUAAAAGUGAAACCAGUUUUUUUUUCAUGCAGGCUCUGUCAAUCAUAGCCAGGGGAGGUUUGGCUAGGGCUGCAUAAACAGAAACAAAGUGAUUUAACUCCUAAAUUGCAGUGAAUUGAGCAGUAAAACCUGAGAGGCAUGAUCUACACCCUAAAACUGCAUCAUUAAAGGACCGUUUUCCUGGCACUAUAGUGCCCUCAGGGCCCCCUCCCGCCAGGCUCUGGGGGGUGAAAGGGGUUAAAUUUACCUCUUUUUCCGGGCGGGGGACUCUCCUCCUCCUUUCCCCGUCAUCGGCUGAAUGCGCAUGCGCGCAUUCAGCCAGUCCAUAGGAAAGCAUUCACAAUGCUUUCCUAUGGACACUGGCGUCUUCUCACUGUGAAAAUCACAGUGAGAAGCCGGAAACUCCUCUAGCGGCUGUCAAUGAGACAGCCACUAGAGCUGGAUUAACUAUUAUAAACAUAGCAGUUUCUCUGAAACUGCUAUGUUUAUAGAAGAAAGGGUUAAUCCUAGCUGGACCUGGCACCCAGACCACUUCAUUAAGCUGAAGUGGUCUGGGUGCCUAUAGUGGUCCUUUAAGCUAAAGUUGUUUAGGUGACUAUAGUGUUCCUUUAAGUAUCGUAAAACUAGGUGUUAGAGUUCCGUUGACUCAUACUCUAGUGGUGGGACAACUGUAUAAAGCUGCAAUCCAGCUCCUUAGCUUCCCUCCGAAGCCCAUCACAGAUAAAGUUGCAAACAUGAAGGCCCAAUUGACCCGGUCAAAUGCCUCCUUUGCGUCGGUUGACAGUAGUAGCAUGCAUUUGUUAAUGUGACAUGCGAGAUGUUGUAGGGUGUGAAGCCAGAGGGUGCUAUCUCUGGCUUCUCUUCCAGGGAUAAAACCUGUUUGAUCCGGGUAUAUUAGGUCAGGGAGAUAUGUUUGCACCCUGGUCGCCAGGACUUUUGUGAGCAAUUUGAUGUCAACAUUUAGAAACGAGAUUGGGCGGUAGCUGCCACAGGAUUUGAGGUCCUUAUCAGGUUGCAGAGCACGGUGAUCGUAGCUGCUAGAGAUUUGGCAUGGAGUGUCCCCCGUCUUCUAACUUGUUCUGGGCGGUCUUCAGUCUGGGUGUGAGGAUGUGUGUGAAGGUCUUGUAGUAUCCUAUUGAUAGUCCAUCUGGGUUUGCGGCCUUACCUGCCUUAGCAGCUUUGAUUGCAGCCAGAAGCUCCUUUUUCCCUAUGGGAGCGUCAAGCUUGUCUGCCACAUCUCUGGGGAUCCCACCGGGUGAAUUGGCCUCCGUGUAUUUCUGGAUUUUGGAUGGGGGGAAGGCUACAGCUUCCGGUGCAUUGUGCAUGGAAAGGUCCGUGGUUAUGUUUGACCCGGGUCCAGGAGAAGGCCGCAGCGGUGCUGAGCCAUGCCAAUGGUGAAGUCCGUGUUUAUGGUUGCCCCGUCUCCAGGGGUCAGUGGGGUCAGAAGGCAUGGAGGCUCUGGGUGUGAGGCCCGGUAAGACUGGCAGAGAUGGCGACCAGUACCCAUAACCUACCCAAAGCAGUAUUAGGUUACCAGCCCUCUUUGGGGAAUAUGAGAUUUUGGUGGGGGGGGAGAGAAAAAGGAGGGGGGGAGGUGACCACAUGUGACCAGGGUGUAGAGGCGAAAUGGGGGGGAAGCCACAGGGGUGACCCGUGUGGCUGUCCUUGCCUCCAACAAAACGAGGUGGGUGCUGGGGAGCUAUGGGACCAGGCCUAACUCCCUCCCAAGGGACGUGUACCCAGUGUCCAGGGGAUCCCAUGCGAGCUGCGCAUGUUGGGGGGGUGUACAAAUGGAUUUGAGGUUACCUUAACACGCAGCCGGGGCUCUCCUGGGGGGAUGCCGUGUUCACUCCCUCGGGUGUCCUGGGUCCGGGAGCCAUCGGGGCUCUCUGCGGUCGGGGCUUCUGGUCUAAGGGUCUCAACCAUGAGGCGGCAGCUGUUGUCUAUCGAGAAAUCCCGGUACUUCCUCUGGCCACCGUAGGUUGAUCCAUUUAUUUUGAUGCUGGGCCAACAGGCAGAAUGGGAAUCCCCUGCAGUAUUGGAUCCUGCGUUCUUGGAGCACAGCGGUCACUGGUUUCAGCGCUCGUCUGGCAUCCAAGGUAAGUGGAGAGAGGUCUUUGUAGAUGGCCACCAGGGCACCCUUGAACUCCCAUAUAUUCCUGUUGCGAGCCUUGAGCAGAAUUGUUUCCUUCUGUUUGAAGGAACUUAAGCAGCAAAUUAUAUCUCUGGGAGUGGGAUUAUCUGACCUCGGACAUAGGGCACGGUGGGCCCUCACAAAAUCCUAUGCUGUUGGUGAAUCUUCCCCCACAAUGAAGUGGAAUAGUGAGGUAAAUAGGAGCUUCACAUCUUCGGGUAGGCCUGGUACCCUCAGAUUGCAUCUGCGGUUGUCUAACUCUUCAAUUUUGCUGUGCAUUUCCAGCAGUAUGGUGCCCUGCCUCACUAUUGCCUGAUCAGAGGCUGCAACCCAGGUGGGGAGGUCUCGAGUAAUUUACUCCUGGACUUGUAGUUGUGUCCCUUGUUUGGAAUCCGAAGUCACAUGGCCUGCUCCAGCCGGGGUAUGUAGAAACUCAUCCAUGGGACCUGUUAGAGGGCCGGAAUGCAGGUUCCUGGGGGUCUUGGGGUUAUCAGUGCGGCGUGUUCUCCCCAUUAGCGGUGGAAAGGGUGGAAAAUGCGUUGAAAACUUGCUUGUUUAGGGCUUUGGCGAGCGGAGCUCUCUGUUUAUGCUGCCUUUCUCGUCGGAGCCCAAGCCGCGCCCCUCCUACUGUGAAGUUAUUGACUCUAUAGUGCAUGCUGGGAGACUACAGCUUCCACAAUACAGCAGGUGGUGUGAGGGCAUGCUGGGACAUCACAGUAGUAUUCCCUCUGCUUGCUGAUCCUCAUUUCCUCCCCCAUAAAUACAAAUCAUAAAGCAAGACCUACCUGAGGUGGAGCAAACCUUAAUAUGGCUGCUCCUUUUAUGGUGUGGCAUGUCUCUGGAGCUCCGUUUUUGGUGCUGAUGUCUGCUGCAACUCCCAUGCAUAUAGGGUCCUCUUCCUCCUUGCCACAGCAUUUAGAAGUGGAUCGUGGGAGGAAGGCCAAGUAUGUGUGGGCUGUGGAACACUGAAAUGCGGCAGGUGGCAUCUUAACUUAGGCCCGAGCAAGUGUUUUUUUAACCCCUGCAGUCAUAUUCCAUUUUAGUCUAAAAGAAUUUAGAAAAAACAUAGUCUUAUACAUGAAAAAAUACAGUAUAUAAAAAGAUAUCAGUGAGGAACGUGAGCUACGUAAUAAUCAAAUAUACCAGUACAUUUUCUUUACACAGUUGAAAGGGUAAUUGUUUUGUUAAGAGUAUUGUAUGUUGAUAUUGUAAAUUACUGAUCAGUUCAUAUGAUAUGUGUGAAGGUGUGCAUUAAGAUUUAUCUUUACAGGUCUUAUCGGAGAAUAUUCAAUCUCCUACUAUGCUUUGUAGGUGCAAUAAAUUAUAUAGACUAUGAAAGUACAAUUGCAGAGAGGGUCAGGCUUUGUGAUGAGAUGAACAGAAGGAGCUCUCUUUAUAACAUAUUCAAAAGGGCCAUAGCUACACUGAGGGCUGAGACUGUCCAAUAUCACUAAUACAAGUGUUCAAAUCCCUGUUUAUACAGUGUGCUGCUUUUAGAGAACAUUCUUUCUAAUACAGAACCAGAAAUUAUACAGACCCCAAAGUAAGAUAACUUUAACCCCAAAGUAAGAUAAGUCUUUAACAUCAUAUUUUUUGUCUCACUAGCAAGUGAAUUUGUUCUUACCUUACUUUCUUGAUAGAUUUGGCAGGAGCUUUUUUCUCCCCUCCAUGCACUGAAUUUCGGUAUUGGAGGAGAUACUACAUGCAAUGUCCUGUGGAGACUUCAAAAUGGAGAGCUGGAAAAUAUUAAACCUAAGGUAGGUAACUUGCUAAAAGGAAUACUGUAGGGUCAGGAACACAAACCCUGUAGUGUUAAAACCACCACUUAGGUGGCUUGCUCUCUCUUAGUCCCCUUAAAAGGUAAUACAAUUUACCUUAUUUCCAGCGUCGUGCAGGUCUGCCGGUAUUGACCUCACCCCAAUCUGCCUCCUUUCUGACAUCAUCAGAAUUUAUGAUUUCAGCCAAUCCAAAGUGCAUUACUCAGGAGAGCUAAGAGAAUCUCCUGCUAGAAGGAGAUGUGGGGAGUGGUACCAGUUGGGCAAAGGUUAGCUGUCAAAGGAUUCUAAAUCUGUUUGGCUGCUUAGAUUGGGGGAGGUGGGCUGCACCAGGGAAUUAUUGGUACCAUAAGCACUGCACUGCUAAUGUAAUGGUUAAUGUUUGCAGGUCAUAGUCUUAUGGAUUGGGACCAAUAAUCACGGGAACACAGUGGAAGAAGUGGCUGGAGGUGUGAUGGCCAUCGUAAAAGUAGUCAACUCUCUGCAGCCACAGGCAAAAGUCAUCGUCAUGGUAAGUAGUUCUGUUUUUGAGCAUGAUGAAAUCUACACACAGGGCAAGCGAUAGGAGUAUAAUCUUGAACAUAACCGAGCAGUUUUGUCCAUUUUAGUAGCUUGUUUAAAUUGACAAGCUAUUUUGAUUAACAUACUAAUGCUUGUGUUAGAAUAUGCAUAAAGCUUAUAAAAGUGAUUCAAAAAUAGAUAUAAUGUCCCAUAAUCAAAAAUAUAUCUGGUUCCUAGUCUUUAAAAUCAAUUCUUCUUUUAUUGAAGUAGCCUAAUAUCGUCACAUAAUGCAAACAGUAUAGGGGUUUAAAGACUCACAUACAAAACAUGAAGGAACUAUGUGAACUGGAAAUCAGAGCGUUUUGUAUUAAGACAUACUUCCUCUGAAUCUUGAUCUUCAGGAGGUAUGUUUUAAUAUAAAAUGUGUUUAUUUUCAAUUCUUGAAGUUCCUUCGUAUUCUGUAUGUGAAUCUUUAAACCACUAUACUGUUUGCAUUGUGUGACUAUAUAGAAAAAUUCUCACCCAUACUUACCGUAACUUUAUUUUUCUGGCCAUUUCCAUGCACUGACCAUCACUAACUGGAAUUCCCAAGCCAGAAGGGAGGGACUGCAAAUAUUAGGUGUAUUCGAAUGGUUAUUAAGAGGAAAUAGAGGAUAGAACACUGGACUCAAAUUUAGUACCUUUAUCCUUAGGCAUGUCUAGGCAGUUAUUCCUUAUGAAAGUAGAAUAUGAAGCCCAGGUAGCAGCCCUACAACUUUUUCCCAUAUAAACAGAUGCCAAGAUGUCACCAUUGCCAAGGUAGAGUGACGUCUGAUGAAUGACGUAAUCUCCCAUCCUUAUCCAGAGAGGGAUAAGAGGGUAUAGGCAACAUACUAGAAUCAAUGAUAUUGAUUCCCCCCAGGACCACCCGGCCCGUGACAACCUCCAUGAUUGUCACCCCCUGAUGGCUGCCCUAGUAAAACCAUAUGUAGAUCACCUGAAACAAAACAGACAUUAAAUACUAUAAAGUAAGUGACAUCAUUCUAACAAUCUGAAAUUAGUCUGCACUUUGAAUAUUCAAAUGGUAAAAUCCUGAUACACCUACACAGACUUUGUCCAAAAUUCUAGUCAUGUAGGACUUACCUUUGAAUGCAUAAUCUAGGACCAUUUCCCUGUCCCUUUUUAGCCUGUCUUAUCUAACCUGUUUUAUAGAAGGCCAAGAUGGACCUAGACAAAUAUUGUCCACAGAUAAAGUACCAUAAUAUGUCCUCUGGGCCCACUUUCCAAGUAUCCCAUAGCAUUAAGCCACACUGUAAUUGAAAGCCCAGAGAUUGUGCGUUUAGAUAUGUUUCUCAUCCUGACAUGUGGAUUAGUUGAACAGGAGACUUGAAUUAUUUUGGAAUUUGUAAUAAAUAGUAAACGCCCUAAAUCUGCUAAGAGGAUUUGAUAAAAGAGGUGCAUUGAAGAAGGGCUUGCUCUGCCUAUGCGAUAUAUCCUAUCACUUCCUAUUAGGGGAAAAAAAAUCACUUCCUUUAAUUAUAGUUACUUACUGGUAAUUCCUUUAAUCCGAAUGACAUGCCACGCAUGCCAAAAAAAAAAAUGAAUUGAAAAGAGUACGGAUGUUAUCCAUAUUGCUAUUAGGUUAGAUUACAAUCCCUUUACAAUAAAAUCAGAUGAGUGGAUACAUUCUUGUAUUAUAAAAUGUCAGAGUUAUGACAAAGCCGUGCACGGGCCUAUACAAAUAAUUAAAAGGUAGCUCUUAAUACAAUGGGCUAAUGUCUAUAUAAAGAAAUCAGUUUCUUAACCCCUUAAGGACACAGCUUCAGAAGCUUGUCUUACGCUUAAUGACACAAGCAAUUUUUGCAUUUUCUUGCUGUAUGCGUUCAACUGCAAUUUGCAUCUCUCUCGUUUAUUGCACCGACACAUAUUAUAUACUGUUUUUUAAAGGACAUAAAGGGCUUUAAUUUGAUGUAACAUAUAUAUAUAUAAAUGCUUAUUUAUUAUUUAAAAAAUACAGAAAAAUGCAAAAAAAAGAAAAAAUUUGUGUUUUUUGUACAGUUUUUGCAAUAAUAAUGUGUGCCUAAUUAGUGCAGGUUAAAGAAAGUAAUUAAAAAUAAAUUUAUUUAGUUGUUCUGAUUUACAAAAUAUAUAAUGUGUCUGGGAUUUAAAGUUUUUUUUGGUAGUUACAGGUCAUAAAGCACAAGGAGUAAAAUAAACUUUUAAUGUAGAGCGAUUUUAGAAUUUUGUAUGUUUGUCUUGUAAGCUUAAUAGCCAUAAAAGAAAACAAAAUUGCCACACAAAAGUAUAUAUUUAUAUAAAGUAGACAUCACAGGCUAUUGUCCUAAGGUUUUUUUGACACUUUCUAAGUAGCCAUUUCACCGCCAAUCUCUGCUAAAUAUUGGAGUAAAAUUUAGUUUUUUGGAGUUUUUGGCACACAAACUUAUAACAAAGAACUUCCCAUGUAUAUUUUGUAAAGUUGGUGUGUGCUAUUCCUGUACAAAGUUUUAUUUUGUGUUCAGUUACUUCUGCUGAGUACAACGAUACCCCCAUUGUAUGUCUUUGGCACUAUUUCGUGAAGCUACAGUGCCAUAUAGGAGACCUGUCCGUUUCAACAUUUACAGUAGAAUUUUGAGAGGCGGAUUUAAUGGGCCUAUGCUUCAAUUUGGGGUAUUAUAGCAGUUUGACUGUUCAAAAAAAAACCACAAAGGCCUAUCAUUUAUAAAAGUAGACACUCCAGGGUAUCUCAUAUGGUGCAUAUUGUGCCUUAACAUGCCCCCAUUUUUUCACCAAUAUAUGCCAAAGUAUGUGGUAAAAAAUAAUUUUGGGCAUUUUUUACAUACGGAUUACAUUUUUGCUGGGCAUUUUGUACAUUUCAUAUGUGCCACUAAGUUCAAACCCCCAAAUUAUGCUCAGCUAAGUCUUCUGAGUAAAACAAUAUGCCCAAUGUAUGACCUAGACACUAUUUUGUGAAGUUACACUGCUAUAAAAGAGACGUAACAAGUUAAGGUUUUUAAGUGUGAAUUUUCAUGGAGGGUUUUGAUGCGUCCGUGCCCACUUUGGAGCACUUGAGCAGGCUACAUAUUACAACUACACCAUAAAGGCAUACCAUUUCUUAAAGAACACAUCCCAGGGUAUUUCAAAAGGCAUAUUUUGAACCUUAGCGUGGGAUAAUUUUUCCGCUAGCUUGUACCAAGUGUAAUGGUAAUAAGCGUUUUUUUGCCUUUUUGACACACAAAGUAAAUUUGCGCAGUACAUUUUGCAAAUCUUAUGUGUGCUACGACUGUAUAAUACUUCAUAUGUUGCUCAGCUAUGUCGGCUGAGUACAUCAAUACCCCCGUAUGUACCUUUGCCAGGUAUAUGUGGACAUCGGAGGGGCACAUUUGGGACACAGCCAUUCCAGUUCAUUUCAAACUUUAAAUUUUUACACUGUUCCCAUGUCCCAUUUUAGAGUAUUUUACCAGGCUAUAUAAUCCAAAUACCCCAUAAAGCCAUACCAUUUCUUAAAGAAGACAUCCCGGGGUAAUUCAAAAGGCAUAUUUUGAACCUUAGCGUGGGAUAAUUUUUCCGCUAGCUUGUACCAAGUGUAGUGGUAAUAAGCAUUUUUUCUGCCUUUUUGACACACAAAGUGAGUUUGCGCAGUAUAUUUUGCAAACCUUAUGUGUACUACGACUGUAUACUACUUCAUAUGUUGCUCAGCUAUGUCGGCUGAGUACAUCAAUACCCCCGUAUGUACCUUUGCCAGGUUUAUGUGGACAUUGAAGGGGCACAUUUGAGACACAGCCAUUCCAUUUUUUUCAAACUUUGAAUUUUUACGCUGUGUCCAUGUCCCAUUUUAGAGUAUUUUAAAAGGCUAUAUAAUCCAAUUACACCAUAAAGGCAUACCAUUUCUUAAAGAAGACAUCCCGGGGUAAUUCAAAAGGCAUAUUUUGAACCUUAGCGUGGGAUAAUUUUUCCGCUAGCUUGUACCAAGUGUAGUGGUAAUAAGCAUUUUUUCUGCCUUUUUGACACACAAAGUGAGUUUGCGCAGUAUAUUUUGCAAACCUUAUGUGUACUACGACUGUAUACUACUUCAUAUGUUGCUCAGCUAUGUCGGCUGAGUACAGCAAUACCCCCGUAUGUACCUUUGCCAGGUUAUAUGUGGACAUUGAAGGGGCACAUUUGAGACACAGCCAUUCCAUUUUUUUUAAACUUUGAAUUUUUACGCUGUGUCCAUGUCCCAUUUUAGAGUAUUUUAAAAGGCUAUAUAAUCCAAUUACACCAUAAAGGCAUACCAUUUCUUAAAGAAGACAUCCCGGGGUAAUUCAAAAGGCCUAUUUUGAACCUUAGCGUGGGAUAAUAUUUCCGCUAGCUUGUACCAAGUGUAGUGGUAAUGAGCAUUUUUAAAUGUAUUUUUUUACUUUGUAAAACUUUUUUUACUUUGUAAAACCCAUUUUUAAACUUUUUUUUUUACUUAUUAAAUGUUUUACACUAUCUUAACUUUUUUUACACUUUUAAUUUUUUUUCUAAACUUUUCUUUUACCGUUAACCCCUAACUAGCAGUAAGCAGCACUAACCGUAAAUUCCCCAUUUUCCCAUAACUCCCACCCACCCCAGCUAGCAAAAUAUUUAAUUAUAAAAUAUUUAAAUUAAUUAAUUAAAUAAAUGGAACCCCUGAGGGUUAAAAAAAAUAAAUAAAAGUUAAUCCUCAGGGGUUAAAAAAAUUAGAUCACAGUAUAAUACUGUGAUCUGUAUUUUGAUCACUGUAGGCAGUGAUCAGCUGGCAGGGAAGGGGUUAAUUUUUAUUUAGACUGGGUAAAGGGGGUGGUAUUUUUUUUUUUUUUACUUAAACGUUACUAAAACAUUUAAAAAAAAAUUUUUUUUUACCUUUUUAAAGCUUAUUUUAAAACUUUUUUUAACGUUAACCCCUAGUUAGCCUAACACCAAAUUCCCCAAUUCCCCACUAACUUCCACCCAUCCCAGCUAGCUAAAUAUAUAAUUUUUUAAUAUUUAAAUUAAUUAAUAAAAUAAAUUUAACCCCUGAGGGUUAAAAAAAAAAAUAAUUAACCCUCAGGGGUUAAAAAAAAAAAAAUCAGAUGACAUUAAAAUGUAUACCCUGCCAAUUGAUCACUGUAGUCAGUGAUCAAUUGGCAGGGAAGGGGUUAAUUUUAUUAAAACAGGGGCAGGGGGGGUGGGAUUUAACUUAAAUUUUUUUUUUUUUUUUACACAGUGAAGCAGAUCAGCACUGAUCCGUCUCCCUGCACUUCACACAGAACCCGGAAGUGCAGGGAGGCGGAAGGUGAGUAUGUGGAGCACAUGUGCUCGCUCUGACAUGCUGUCAGAGCGAGCACCGGUGCUGGGGCAGCCCGAUCGGGUGCUCCCGGUCUGCCUCUAAUGCAGAGGCAGACCGGAGCACCGUUAACCCCGCGAUUGCCGCGAUCGCGGCGAUCUGGGGUUAACUUAAGAAAAUGACGGAAAUUUUCCGUCAACGGUCCUUAACUGAAGGACAAGGUUGACGGAAAAUUUCCGUCCACGGUCGGGAAGGGGUUAAAAAACUAAAAUUAAGAAAACUUGUCUAAACAUCAGAUUCCAGCUAGGGACAGGAGUAUAAAUAUACAAUUGGACAAAACCCAAUUACACUGAUACAUUUAGGGUUUGCAUAAAAAAAUAGGUAUUCCAAAAGUAACCGCAUGAUAUAAGCAUAACUUGCUAAUUUCAGAGAAAAAUAAACAGCAUAGAUAAUUAAAAAUGUGCUCUGAUGUCUGUAUUUCAAAUAGAUAUAAAUUGAUAAUCAUUGCUUUCGAAAUCAGGUUUAUCAGUAAACAUUACCCAGUUGAUGAACAGAUAAACAGGCAAGUUGAGCUGUAUCAAAUGUAGCAUUUGAGGUUGCACAGAACAAAUAACCUCCCUCUCCCAGUCACAUGUGGUGUUCCCCAAGGUUCCAUUCUCGGCCCCCUACUAUUUACAUUAUUUAUAAAUGAUCUGUUUAAUGUCUGCAAAUCCUCAAAUGUACACAUGUACGCAGAUGACACAGUAAUCUAUGCGAGCAAAUCCAAUCUACCGCAACUUGAGGCUGUGCUCCAAGACCAGUUUACAGAGGUAGAAAAGUGGAUCACAAAAAACAAACCCUUACUAAAUACUGACAAAACUGUCACAAUGAUCUUUGGAACAGGCCCUCUUCAACCCUUCGUUUCUGUGAGUUUUCUUGUAAUUGUCCUAUUUAUAGUCAAAUCCCUCCUCUAAUAAUAUUGUAAAGCGCUACGGAAUCUGUUGGCGCUAUAUAAAUCGCAAUAAUAAUAAUAAUAAUAAUACCUAAAUUACACAAAUUACAAAAUCCCCAUCUAUGCAUCAAAACAAAAUCAAGUAGUACACUGACCGCAGUCAACUCUUUCAAAUACUUGGUUAUGUUGUUAGACCCCAAUCUAUCUUUUGGUCUCCACAUAGAAAAGCUUGCAUCUAAACUUUGUCCAAAACUAGGUGCCCUGUACAGAAACAAAUCCUGCCUAAACCCUACAGUAAAGGAAAAGAUUGUACAGCAAAUGCUGAUGCCAGUCAUUGAUUAUGGGGAUGUAGUAUAUGCACCGGCAAUGCAAACCCACCUUAACAAACUCAAUACAUUGUAUAACUCGUUCCUCCUUCUCCUACAGAGCACCGCAAUUAUGGAACAACCUCCCGCACACUUUCAAAUCUUCCCCAAGCCUAAAAUCCUUUAAGAGAUCCCUCUCUACAUAUCUCAAAACAGAAUGCACGUGUCAUUGUUAAUUAUAUAUGUCCUAUCUGUUCUGUGUUAAAUUUUGUAUAUAUUGUGUAUUAAUAUUGUUUUUGUAUUUUAUUGUACCCUAUUGUAUCAAUGCAAUGUUUUUUGAACCCAGGACAUACUUGAAAAUGAGAGAAAUCUCAAUGUAUCCUCCCUGGUAAAAUAUUUUAUAAAUAAAUACAUUUUGGUACCAGACUCUCCAAACGCAAACCAAACCCUUGUUUAAUAGAAAGGUAGGUACUUGUGUAUUUGCUUCAGUGCAUUUUGACAUACAUUGAGUGUUCAUGAAAACAAACAACAAACAUAACAGUGCUGGAUGGCCUUAUGUAAUGAAAAGCACAGUGAGGUUCACAUGCAGAUAUCAAAAUUGGACAAAUCUGCAUAAACUACUUAUUACCUUUAUCCUCCGAUAUGUGAAAAUACAGUUGCAAAUGAAGAUUGUUUAACUUGUAAGAGUAAUCAGAUAUUAUCAUUCUCCAUUAGAUAGCCGAUCUUCUUCCCAAAUUGGAGGGGAACUUGGUAGACUAGGCAGCACCUGCCUCACAUUUGAAGAGGGUAAUUUCUUCUCCCAAGAUUAACCAGAGUGAAGAUAACUCCAACGCAGACACUUGAUUAAUAGGUCAAAGUAAAAAACAGAAUCCACGUUGCAUAAUAGUCAAUUACCCAUGCAUGUUUCUUUUAUUUUCUUUCAGGUUUUUAACAAUCAGGUAGACUUCUUAUGUAGUAUAACCACUAUCUGCACGCUUUUAUCUAGUUUAAUAUAAAACUUACCUAAAUGCUCGCUGAUAACCUCCUAAAUGUGACCCAUUUGUUAGCAGAAAGCCUCAAUGGCAGUAUUGGGGACUACAGGCUAUCCAGAGUCCUCCUACCUAUACUAAUCAGUAAUGUAAACUACUGAUGCACUUACCUGAGGCGGAAAACACAAUACUAAAUAGCCUGGAAAGAGGCAGGUAAGCUGCUGCAGGGCUGUAUUCCACUGGCAUAUGUGGAUUUUACAAACUAAUACUCUAAUCUGCUUAAACUAGGGGCCUGCUUGUGAACCCCUGUAUCAUUGUCAUCUCCUCCAGGAGAGAUGUUAGGUUAGACCCUUGCUUACUAAAAGGGAUACACUCAGGUAGAAACCUUGCAUAGCUUCGGUUUAUGGGUUCCUCAGGGACAAGAGGCUGAACCCUGGCACAACCUUCAAAAUAUUGGUCCGGUGAGCAUAAAAUAACAUUUAGGCUUGCGAAAGCAGGCUCCUUCCUUGACACAUCUUUGGUGGUUAAAAUUGAUUUGAUUGAGAGGCACUGGUGAGUUAAAAACGGCAUCCAUGAUUAUCCUCUUCAUAAGUAAUUUUAUGAUAUAUUCUAUGACUGGUGGUUAUUCUCUCCAUAUAGCGUCUUGUGCCCAGUGUUCAUGUCUAUAUGUUUGUUAUAGUUGUAUAUCUGCAGUAUGUUUAUCUGUAACCUUUUAUUACUUUGAGCAGUUGUAAUGUUUCAUUGCACAUUAACGUUGAUCAUAAACUGUAAUCACUUUCUCUCUUACCGCUUCCAUUUUCUUUUAUGUAGGGUCUGAUGCCACGUGGUGAGAGGCCCAACCCACUGCGUGAGAAGAACGAACGUAUAAACCAGCUCCUGCGCGUAUGGCUUCCUCGUCUGCCUGGGGUGCAGCUGCUGGAUGUAGAUAGUGGAUUUGUGCAUUCGGACGGCCUCAUCUCCCGUCAUGACAUGUUUGAUUUUCUCCACCUCACUGCUGCUGGCUACGCCAAGGUGUGCCGACCCCUACAUGAACUGAUCAUGCAGCUGCUAGAGGAAACACCAGAGGAGAAACAGGUCACCCUAGCCUGAUUCCUGUCUACUUCCUGAUCUCGUCGUCGGUGUUAUAUCAUUGGCUGCCCCCUUGCUCACUAAAACCGCCUCAGCUGUUUAUAUAAUGCUCAGUGUAUAUACACAGAACUCAUAUACACCUGCUCAGUUCCAGAUCCUCCUGCUAAUCCUUUUUUGCUGUCUUUGAUAUUGCUGGGCAGUAAUAAUGUUAUUGGUAAUGUCCCCUGUAGAGUCUGAGGUGCAGAAUGGACCCUGGAAUUUACCCCAGAGGCAGCAGCAUGAUAUCUUGAAUGGGCGGGUGCUGUAUAUAUCAAGAAUAGUAUGGAGAUAUCCAUCGCACAGGUGGUUGUACAGCAAACCCUCUGUGGCAUGGAAUGGCGCGGAGUAGCAUUAAUAAAAGCUGGUAUCAGGAUACCACUUCAGAAGCAUCUGCACACUAAACGCAUCUCAUAGCUUGUAGCCCUGCACCACAUGGUAGACUCACACUUCAUCUUUAUGUGCUGUGGCACUGGAUGCUAGAUGGUGUUCCAGUGUUAUCAUAAACAAAAAGGAAAAAAAAAACACAAAUUGAAGAGUUGUAAUUAUGGCUGCCGAGUGUCUCCGACAUAGAAAGGGUUAGUGCGUGUAUUGGUACUUGGAGUUCUAAUGCAGAAAUGAAAGGAGCAUCAAUGGGUUUUAGGUGAAAAUGCAGAAAUACAUUUAGUUUUUUUUUCACUUAACCCAUUCUGUGUCAGGACAGCCCGUGCCAAAUUACCAGUCCGAAUUUGUUUUAUUACCUGGUAUAUUCGUUGUGUAUCUGUCUUUCCAUGGCACAGGGACAGCAGAUGCUGGAAGUGUCUGUGAAUAUAUAUAUAUAUAUAUCUGUAUUGAAUUGCUAGUAUGAAUUAUAUGUUUGAGAAUGUCUAGCCCAUCCAGGGACCAAUAGAGAAGUGAAUGCCUGUUAAACUUACAAGUCACCAUCAGCAUUAGGGCUGGGUAUCGGUCUAAGAAUGACUGGAAAGUCGCACUCCUGACACACUUUCUUUUAGCUCUUACCGCAGCCCUAGAAAGUUGUGCAAACAUGGGAAUAUGACACUGAAGUAACAUCAAUACAGAAUAAAUAACCCUUUGUUUUACAGGCCAGUAGCAACCUGCACUUAUUGCCCAUACAUCUAAUGUAAGCUACUAACAGGCAUAAAGCUGUGGAUGUGGCAGAAUCCUUUGUUUGUAUAAUGAUAUCAAUCUUGUUGUUUUCCGAUCUCUAUUUUCUUUCUUAAAAUCUUAAUGAGAUGGUACCUUUCAGAAUGAAUCGGCACAGAUCCUGUGCAGUUGUAGCUUCAAAUGGGGAGGAAAAGGUUAGCAGCAAAGUUUGCAAAGGGUGGAUUUCCUAUAGUAUUCGUGAUUCACCUGUCUGCCUCUCAGACCUGUACAGUUUCUGAACCCAUCUGUAGAAUAUGGACCCUAAGUUCUCCUGCUUCUGUACGUGGAUUCAUGAACUGGUCUGUCCCUUCUUGUCACGUGUGUAUGGAGUUGAGAUAUAAAAUUUCCAUUGUGAAAUUCGCACCUGUGUUUGUCAUCUUUCUGUUAGGGCCACACGUUUCUCAGAACCAGAAACUAACGUUGAAUAUGUGCAAAAAGUGAUUUGUAACUUUUAAAAAAAAACGUAUUGUCCAUAACAGGCGUAAUAUUUCUUAGGAGCAAAAUGUAACUAGAUUUAUAUGAUACAUUGGGGAAAGGUCGUAAAACUAAUAUGUGAUGCUUGACUUCCUUAGAAGGUUCAGUUAUUAAGGGUCAAAAUGUAACAUAUGCCAAGAUCAGGAUUCCACUAGUUAUGACAGCUGUUAAACAGAGGGUAGUCAAAAGUCUGGGUACUAAAAUAUAGCAAUGUUUACAUCUAUCCAAAUGUCUCAAUGAUCACAAACUAGUUCAGAGGAUGCUAAAAUAACAAAAGGGUGUCCUAGUUUGUGAAAAGAAGUCUUAUGUAGGUCUUAAAGGAACACUAUAGUUCCCGUAUAAGACUUAUUAUCACAAACAUGUAUUCCUGACACUUUAGUGUUGUAGUAGCUAUUUAGGUGAUCGUACCUCUUCUCCAUUUACCUUCUCUCCCCU